AUGCUGUUCCACAGUCUGUCAGGCCCCGAGGUGCACGGGGUCAUCGACGAGAUGGACCGAAGGGCCAAGAGCGAGGCCCCGGCUAUCAGCUCCGCCAUCGACCGCGGCGACACAGAGACGACCAUGCCGUCCAUCAGCAGUGACCGCGCCGCGCUUUGCGCCGGCUGCGGGGGCAAGAUCUCGGACCGCUAUUACCUGCUGGCGGUGGACAAGCAGUGGCAUAUGCGCUGCCUCAAGUGCUGCGAGUGCAAGCUCAAUCUGGAAUCGGAGCUCACCUGUUUCAGCAAGGACGGCAGCAUCUACUGCAAGGAAGACUACUACAGGCGGUUCUCUGUGCAGCGCUGCGCCCGCUGCCACUUGGGCAUCUCGGCCUCGGAGAUGGUGAUGCGCGCCCGGGACUUGGUUUAUCACCUCAACUGCUUCACUUGCACCACGUGUAACAAGAUGCUGACUACGGGCGACCACUUCGGCAUGAAGGACAGCCUAGUCUACUGCCGCUUGCACUUCGAGGCUUUGCUGCAGGGCGAGUACCCUACGCACUUCAACCACGCCGAUGUAGCAGCGGCGGCUGCGGCGGCAGCUGCGGCCAAGAGUGCGGGGCUGGGCGCAGCGGGGGCCAACCCGCUGGGUCUUCCCUACUACAAUGGCGUGGGCACGGUGCAGAAGGGGCGGCCCAGAAAGCGCAAGAGCCCCGGCCCCGGGGCGGAUCUAGCGGCCUACAACGCUGCGCUGAGCUGCAACGAGAAUGAUGCGGAGCACCUGGACCGCGACCAGCCUUACCCCAGCAGCCAGAAGACGAAGCGCAUGCGCACCUCCUUCAAGCACCACCAGCUUCGGACCAUGAAGUCUUACUUUGCCAUUAACCACAACCCCGAUGCCAAGGACUUGAAGCAGCUGGCGCAGAAGACGGGCCUUACCAAGCGAGUUCUCCAGGUCUGGUUUCAGAACGCCCGGGCCAAGUUCAGGCGCAACCUCUUACGGCAGGAAAAUACGGGCGUGGACAAGUCGACGGAUGCGGCGCUGCAGACUGGGACACCGUCGGGCCCUGCCUCGGAGCUCUCCAACGCCUCGCUCAGCCCCUCGAGCACGCCCACCACCCUCACAGACUUGACUAGCCCUACCCUGCCAACUGUGACGUCCGUCUUAACUUCUGUGCCUGGCAACCUGGAGGGCCACGAGCCUCACAGCCCCUCACAAACGACUCUUACCAACCUUUUCUAAUGACUCGCGCCCCUUCCCCCGCCCCACAAUUUCUUUAAAAAAGAAAUUAUCUUUAGUUGAAUUCCAAGUGUAUUUUAAAAUAGAGGCUUUGAGCAACUAACUAACCACAUUUUAGGAUCUCGCCUGGGGACAGAGGAAAAAAAUAAUUGCGUCUUCGGCUAACGCAGCGGUGUGGACUGAGGAAUUACUUGGAAGAUCUAUCUGCAACACAACAUUUGUGUCACUGUACAGUUUUGUGGACUGAGCGAGGAAAAACAACAAAUAAUUUAAGUUGGCUAGAGCUUCUGUAUUUUCAAAGACUGCCACGUGCCUUAGGAAUACUGUUUUAUCUCCAUACUUUGGAUGACUUGUUCAUUUUUCUCUCCCUCUUUUUCUCUGUAUAUU